AUGGCCAAUGAUGUGUAUGGAGACAUCCCGUGGGCGGUCAGCGGCGGCCAGAGACACAUGCGAAGCCGUGGUCGCUACCUGUACUCAUCCGGCUCCUGCGGUGAAUUCGACAUAGCCCUCGGCCCCCCCUUUUCGAUGGCAGCCCCCGACGGCAUGCCCAUGACGAAAGUCUCACCGAGCUCGGACAAGACAGAGACGGCGGCAAGGCGGGAACCGGCGGAUGUUCCGGCGCGGGGCCAUGAUGUCAACGACGGUCGGCCGGCGAGGGGACGUUAUUUCGGACCCGGCGGCAAGCUGCGUCCGUUUCGUCUCCUCGCCGGCGACGCUGGCCGGCUGCGGACGCGGUGGUGGUCGGACUGGGUCGUCUUCAAUCAGCAGGUCGUCGCCAGCACCGUCUACAUCUUCUUCACCAAUAUCCUGCCCGGCAUCACGUUUGCGAGCGACUUGUACGUCCUGACGGGCCGCUCGUGGGGCACCAUCGAGGUCGUCUUCAGCACCGGCCUGUGUGGGGUCAUCUUUGCCCUCUUCUCGGCGCAGCCCCUGACCAUCCUCGGCGUCACGGGCCCCUUCUCCGUGUUGGCGGAAAACAUCUAUGCGCUGUGCGAAACUCGCUUCCAUGUCGACUUCCUCUCCGUCAUGGCUUGGUCCCUUCUGCAUGCCGGCUGGAUGCUCCUGCUGCUGGCCGUCUUCAACGCGCAUGACUGGACCAUGCAGUACGUGACGCACUUCAGUGCCGACAUCUUCUCUCUGCUCAACAGCGUCAUCUACUUCCACAAGGCCGCGCUCGAGCUGCGGCGGACCCACGACAGCGUCUCGUUGGCCGCCUUCCUCUACGCCGUCAUCGGCGCCGUCGGCACCUGCCUGCUGGCCAUGCUUCUCUCGACGGCCAACGCGUGGCGGCCCCUGUUCCACCGGUACGUGCGGCUCGGUCUCGCCGAGUACGCGGCCGCCAUCUCCAUCGUCCUCUUCAUCGGCAUACCGCACAUGGGCGAGCUCGCAGGCCUCGACCACGAACGGCUGGCGGUUCAGACGACCUUUCGGCCCUCGAGCCCUGACCGGUCCGUCUUCGGCGUGCGCUUCUGGACGCUGCCCAUCGGCUGGGUGUUCCUGUCCGUCGUCCCCGGCGCCGUCGUCGCCGUCCUCUUCUACUUUGACCACGAGAUCAGCAGCAUCAUCUGCACGGUGCCGCGGUACGGCACCCAGAAGCCGGGUGGCUUCGCCUGGGACGUCGCGCUGCUGGGUCUGACGACGAUGCUCUGCGGCGCCCUCGGCAUCCCGCCCGCCAACGGCCUGCUGCCCCAAGCGCCCCUGCACUCGGAGUCGCUGCUGCACUACGCCGACGAGAACCCGCACCGGCAUCCGUCGCAGGGCCGAGGUCAGGGCGGCGGCGGCGGACGGCGGCGGGUGCCGAGGACGUACGAGCAGCGGUACUCGCACCUCAUACAGGCCGUCUUGAUUCUCGCUUUCGUCUCGCCGCCGCUGCAGCGGCUCCUCGGCCUCGCCCAGACAUCCGUCCUCGCCGGGCUCUUUCUCUUCAUGGGUUACCAAUCGCUCGCGGUGAAUCCGAUCCUCGGGCGCGUCGGUCAGCUUGUCACGCCGCUCUCGGAACUACCGGAGCUGCCGACGGGGGUGAGGUGGCGCGCCGUCCACGGAUACACCCUCUCGCAGCUUCUCCUGACGGGUGCCGUCUUCGCCACCACCUUGACAGUGGCGGCACCUGGGUUCCCCCUCCUCAUCGUCGCCCUCGUGCCGGCUCGCCUGACGCUCGCGGGCCGCAUCUGGUCCCGCGAGACGCUACGGGCCGUCGAUGGAUGGGCGUGCCGGCCGGGAAAGCCCGAAGAUGGUGCUGGAGAUGAUGCUGAGCAUGGUGCCGGGGAGGCUGCCGUGGAGGAAGCGCGGGCUCCCGUGCCAGCGUUUGAUGCUGAGAAAGGAACAAUGCCUGUGAGUCGAGGCGGAUAA